UAAAUUUUAAUUAAAUCAAGAUAAAAAUUAAAAAUUUAAGAUUUCCGACGUUGACCUUUUUCUCCGGGUUUGUGUGAUUUGAAACUUCCUACCCUAUUUGUGUCAUCAUAUCUUUGAAAAUCCUAUUCUAACUUGAUGACUUGAAUGGAAAUGCAUUUUCCAUUAUAAUAAUUGUACCUAACCCAUUCAUUCGAUCGCACCACGCGAUGCAUCAGCCUUGUCAGUGGCAAUCUAUAUUAUCUUCAGUUGUACAUCGAAGCUUGGAGCAGCAUGAAACGUUACCGCCAACCGUUCCCCGUACUGAGUGUGCUGAUGGUGCUGGGGGCAACGUGGACGCCCGUUCAGGUUUAUGGUCAAAUCGGAUUUCCCGAUUCGCCCAGUCCCGGGGCAGGUGGUGGUGGUGGUGGAGAUUUGACGAGGCAAUUGGCGACAAAUGUGAGCACAGGCAUUAUCACCGGAAUUCUAAAUGGCACUGUUCCGUUGCAAACUGUGCUUCCCCUGCCGCCUUUAAACAGCACCAAUCAAACCUGCGUAUGUGUUCCGACUGGACGCUGUACCACCACUACGGUACCAACAGAUGGAUCUGGCAUGAUCGAUGUCCGCAUUGUAACGUCUCAAACCAGCAGCCCCGUUAGUCCAACCCCCAAUAUUGUGACUCCUGCCACCUGUGCUGCUGGGCUAGAUCGGUGCUGUUAUGCAGGUCCCUUCCAGUGUGGGAUGCAGUAUCCAGCGGUAGCUGCUGCAAAGGCUCCCGCAGCUGGUCAAGCAUACUAUGGAGAGUACCCGUGGCAAGCGGUAUUGUUAGGACCCGGCGAUAUAUAUGUGGGCUCAGGUGCCCUCGUCGACCCAUUGAAUGUUAUUACAGCCGCUCACAGAAUUACUGAAUAUGUGGGCGGUUCAAAAGUGCUCAGAGUGCGCAUGGGCGAGUGGGAUGCUUCGGCCGCAUCGGAACCAUUUGCGGCUCUAGAAUACACCGUUACCAAGUUCUUUGUCCAUCCCAGCUACAAUGCCGCUAAUCUUCAGAACGACAUAGCAAUGCUGAGGCUUUCGGCAGUGGUUCCCUUGGGAGUUACGCCUACGAUAACUACGGCAUGCCUACCGGCGACAGCGUUUGUCGGAACAUCUUGCUGGGUAUCCGGAUGGGGAAAGAACGACUUUGUCAGUGGAUCCUAUCAAGCUAUUCAGAAAAAGGUGGAUGUCACUAUCAGAUCUGCCGCUGAUUGCCAAACAGCUCUUCGAACAACGCGGCUAGGAUCAGCGUUCGUACUGGACGCGACCAGCUUUGUAUGUGCUGGCGGUGAAGCCGGCAAAGAUGCCUGUACUGGAGACGGAGGAUCCCCAUUGGUGUGCGCCUUAGGUGGGCGUUAUUUCGUGGUGGGAUUAGUUGCAUGGGGCAUUGGCUGCGGCACUUCAAAUAUUCCUGGCGUUUAUGUUAAUGUUGCCUCUUAUGUACCGUGGAUUACAAGUACUAUAAGUUUACCCUGAAUAUUUUAUUUAAACAUGCGAUAACUAUUCAAAAGUGAU